AUGGACGACUUGGAGAAAGGAAUUCUUAUCCUGUUUGAUGAAUCCGGAGCCAUAGAUCAUGAAUUGAAGAAUAAAGCUAAAACUUAUUGCAGCCAUAUUAAAGAGAAACCGUCGGUUUGUAGAUUAUGCAUUGAAAAAUUAUGCUGUUCAAAUCUUGUUCAAGUCCAAUUCUGGUGCCUACAGACUUUGCAUGAAGUGAUUCAGACACGAUACUCAACUAUAACCCCCGAUGAGAAGAACGUCAUCAGGGCUACUGUCUUUUCAAUUGUGUGUCUCGAAGACAAGAAUCCUACUAGGGUUUUAGAUGGCCCUGCAUUUAUAAAAAACAAGCUUGCUCAGGUUUUGAUUGCUUUAAUCUACUUCGAGUACCCCUUGAUUUGGUCUUCUGUUUUUGUUGAUUUUUUACCCCAUCUGCGCAAAGGGAACUUGGUCAUUGACAUGUUCUGUAGAGUUUUGAAUGCUCUUGAUGAUGAGUUAAUUAGUCUCGACUAUCCUAGAACCCCUGAGGAGUUGACUGUUGCAUGUAGGGUUAAAGAUGCUAUCAGACAGCAGUGUGUGUCCGAUGUUGUCAGAGCUUGGUAUGACAUUAUUUCUAUGUACCGUAAUUCUGAUCAAGACCUAUGCGCCAUUGUUUUAGAUUCCAUGAGAAGGUAUAUUUCUUGGAUUGACAUCGGCUUGAUCUACAAUGAUGUUUUUGUCCCUUUGUUGUUUGAUUUGAUUUUGGUUGGUGCCCCAUCCGAUCAGCUCCAAGGUUCUGCAAUCCGAUGUUUGUUAGCAGUAGUUUCCAAGCGAAUGGAGCCCCAAUCAAAGCUGUCGUUGUUGCAAAGCCUUCAAAUUAGUCGUGUAUUUAGGUUGGUGACCGAGGAUGGCAAUGCUGACCUGGUUCCUGACAUAGCUGCAUUGCUUUCUGGGUAUGCCGUGGAGGCCUUGGAUUGCUUUAAACGUAUAAGUUCUGAGGAAGCUAAAGGAGUUUCCAUGGAGCUUUUGAACGAAGUUCUACCAUCUGUUUUCUAUAUAAUGAAGAAUUUUGAGGUUGAUGCUUCAUUUAAUAUCGUUCAGUUUCUAUCAAGUUAUGUUUCUACAUUGAAGAGCCUUACUCCUUUGAGCGAGAAGCAUAUACUUCAUAUGGGGCAGAUAUUGGAAGUAAUCCUUGGUCUUAUCCGUUAUGACCCUGAAUACCGUAACAAUCUCGAUGUGAUGGACAAAAUUGGACGAGAGGAGGAAGAUAGGAUGUCAGAGUUCAGAAAGGAUUUAUUUGUUCUACUUCGCACUGUGGGUCGAGUUGCCCCUAAUGUAACUCAGUUGUUUAUCAGAAAUUCGUUAGCAAGUGCUAUUUCAAGAUCAUCAGAUAGCAAUGUGGAAGAGGUGGAAGGUGCACUUUCACUUUUAUAUGCACUUGGAGAAUCUUUGAGCGAGGAAUCCAUAAGAACUGGGAGUGGGUUAUUGAGUGGGCUGUUGCUUAUGCUUCUAUCAACAAAGUUUCCUUGUCAUUCCAAUAGACUAGUUGCUCUCGUUUACUUGGAGACAGUGACAAGAUAUGUUAAGUUUAUUCAGGACAAUACUCAAUGCAUUCCUAUUGUUUUGUCUCCCUUCCUUGAUGAAAGGGGCAUACAUCAUCCAAAUAUUAGUGUAAGCCGCAGGGCCAGUUAUUUGUUCAUGAGGGUUGUGAAAUUGCUGAAGGUGAAGUUGGUGCCUUUCAUUGCGGUGAUUUUGCAGAGCCUACCUGAUACAGUUGCGCGGUUCACUACUACGAAUUAUACAACAGAAGAGCUAUCAGGGUCAGAAGAUGGUAGCCACAUUUUUGAGGCAAUUGGGUUAUUGAUUGGAAUGGAAGAUGUCCCACCUGAAAAGCAAUCUGAUUAUCUAUCUUCUUUGCUCAGUCCUCUAUGUCAGCAGGUUGAGGCACUGUUGAGAAAUGCUGAAUUGUUAAGUUAUGAGGAGACUAAUGCCAGAAUUGCUGUAAUCCAGCAAAUUAUCAUGGCAAUUAAUUCUCUCAGCAAGGGCUUCAGCGAGCGUCUUGUAACUGCUAGUCGCCCCGCAAUUGGAAACAUGUUUAAGCAGACAUUAGAUGUACUUCUCCAUGUUCUUGUUAUAUUUCCACGAGUAGAGCUUCUGCAAAACAAGGUCACAUCAUUUAUACACCGCAUGGUGGAUACACUAGGAGCAUCUGUCAUUCCUUACCUUCCAAAGGCACUUGAGAAGUUACUUGCAGAAACUGAGCCAAAGCAAAUGUCUGGUUUUCUUGUGUUGCUCAAUCAACUCAUCUGCAAGUUCAAUGUUUUGGUGCGUGACAUUUUGGAGGAAAUAUUUCCAUCUGUCGCUGAUAGAAUAUUUAGUGUUAUUCCAAGAGAGGGAUUGCCUUCAGGUCUGGAUACAGUCACUGAGGAAAUUCGUGAAUUGCAAGAACUUCAACGAACAUUGUAUACAUUUCUUCAUGUGAUUACUACACAUGAUCUGUCAACUGUAUUUAUUUCCCCAAAGUGUAAAGCAUACUUGGAUCCAGUGAUGCAAUUGCUUUUUUACUCCUCGUGUAAUCAUAAGGAUGUUCUUAUAAGAAAGGCAUGUGUGCAGAUUUUUAUUAGAUUAACUAAAGAUUGGUGUGCCCAGCCAUAUGAAGAAAAGGUUCCUGGUUUCCGGAGUUUUGUGAUCGAAAUGUUUGCUACAAACUGCUGUUUGUACAGUGUGCUGGACAGAUCUUUUGAUUUCCGUGAUGCAAAUACUCUUGUUUUGUUUGGAGAAAUUGUGGUCGCACAGAAGGUCAUGUACGACAAAUUUGGGGAUGAUUUUCUCGUUCAUUUUAUACCAAAAGCAUUUUCUGUUGCCCGUUGCCCGCCAGAUCUAGCUGAACAGUAUUGUCAAAAGUUGCAGGGUAGCGAUAUCAAGGCACUAAAAUCUUUCUAUCAAUCACUCAUAGAAAAUUUGAGAUUGCAGCAGAAUGGAAGCCUUGUGUUUAGGUAG